CGCGUCCAUCUCCGGGUACCCGCGCGCGCGCAGCGCCCUGGGCUGGGCCUCGGACCGGUCCCCGGAAUUCUGCAUGCCCUCGCGUUCAGCGACAGCUACCAGGGCAGAAACUCGGAAGUCGAGGCUUUCCAAGAAUCCACCCGUGCUCACCACUGUCACCUGCUGGUUGGAUUCCGGAAACCCGCUCUUUGAAGACCGCAGAAGGGAAUCGCUGACCACGCAGAAUACGAACAGUCUGGAUCGAAAGUUCCUUUCCCUUCCCUGGCUGCCUUCUGCUGCUGUCUUCUGCUCCCUCAUCCUUCCUGUCGAGGAUUUCUGUGCCCCCCAGCCCCCGCCAGCGUAGCUGGGUGAGCUAAACCCUGUUGUCUUGCCUCCAAGCCAGCGGGUCUGAACAUUGCCACCCAAUUCUGCCCACCUCCAGACAAGCAGCUGCUUUUCCUUCUUGCCUGUUUCCCGUAGUCCCCAAGAUUUCCCCUCCUCCUGUAUCCUCUUCGCCCCCUUCUUUUGGGGGCCCCAUCACCCUGAAUGUGGGGGGAACACUAUACUCCACCACUUUGGAGACCCUGACCCGCUUCCCAGACUCGAUGCUGGGGGCCAUGUUUCGGGCGGACACACCCAUGUCAGCCAAUCCCACCGCCCAAAGAGGUGGGUAUUACUUCAUCGACAGGGAUGGUAAGGCCUUCCGUCACAUCCUCAAUUUCCUGCGGCUGGGCCGGCUGGAUCUGCCCCGUGGGUAUGGAGAGACAUCUCUUCUCAGGGCAGAGGCUGACUUCUACCAGAUCCAGCCCCUCCUGGACGCCCUGCGGGAACUGGAGACCUCGCAAGUGACCCCGGCCCCCACAGCUGCCCUGCUCCAUGCAGACGUGGAUGUCAGCCCACGCCUGGUGCACUUCUCUGCUCGCAGGGGACCUCACCACUACGAGCUGAGCUCCGUGCAGGUGCACACCUUCCUAGCCAACCUCUUCUGCACCGACCCCGAGUGUCUGAGCGCCCUGAGGGCCCGAUUUGGUGUGGUCAAUGGAGACAGGGCAGAGGGAGGCCCGCAUUUUCGUCUAGAGUGGGCCCCCCGCCCCCAGGAACUCCCAGAGGUGGAGUAUGAGAGACUGGGGCUGCAGCCACUGUGGGCUGGGGGGCCAGAAGAGCGCAGGGAGGUGGCGGGCACACCGAGCUUCCUGGAGGAAGUGCUGCGGGUGGCUCUGGAACACAGAUUUCGCCUUGACUCUGUCUUCCCAGACCCGGAAGAUCUGCUGAACUCCAGAUCUCUGCGUUUUGUCCGGCACUGAGGAUGCUGUCCUGAACUUGACUGUGGGAGGAAAGGGAAUGAGUGAGCAAGAGGGACCUCGCUUGCUACCAAAGCCGCCUUCUAGUUCUGGUGUUGGCGCUGUGAGAGUCAGGUGCGCCUGACUGGAGCCCAGAUGUAGGCUGAAAUUCCCAAACCCGAAUCCCUUAUGGGUUCACAGGUAGUCCAGAGGGUCUGAAUUGGUGCUUAUCCUUGGGAGGCAGUGAAGAUUCUGUUCUUGUCUGAAGCGAGGGUCCUACAGUGUCUCCUUACCUGCUCAGUAUUCAGGGGUCUGGAAAAGUGAGGGAGCACCUCUUUGCCCAGGCUACACACAUUAGAGCUUUAGGAGGAAUUACCUAAUGUGGUCAGUCUCCUGGACUGUGUGUUUUCCCCUCCCAGAGCCGGGGAGCUGGCUAUCAUAGCCUGGCCUGACCAGAGAGAAGACAGAACACUGUUGGAACAUGUGAAAUAGGAGGGGCCUUUUGCUGUGUCCCAAGCCACUUCCUGAGGGAGGUGGAAAAAUACACACCUCAUCUUAGGUUGACAUGAGGGAGCUAGGACGGUCCCUGUCAGCGCGGUGAUGGGAGCAACUCUCUGGAGCGUCGGGUGUUUUUAGAGGAUCCCUAUGUAAGUGAACUUGGUCAUGGGGACGAAGGUGCUAUCUUUUUGCGUACUGGCCUGCCUUCGUGUGUGUGUGUGUGUGUGUGUGUGUGUGUGUUAGCCAGUGGAUCUGACUGCUGUGUGAGUCCUUGGCCUCCUGGUUCCCAUCUGUGUUGCUGACUGUGAUGUUUACGUGUUGGUCCUUCUGUAAUCUCUGCAUGUUUGGCCCUGUUUGAGGUUGCUGAGAAACUGUUCCUGCUCAGGUAUAUCUUUGAUAUGUGUAUGAAUAGGCUGAGAUUUAGUUUAAUCACAGGGUGUGUAUGCUUGAGUGUGUGUGUUUAUGCAUCCACAACACUGUGUAGGCAGGAGGAGCUUGUUUGAGUCACUAGGAUCUUACUUUGAGAGGUAAAAGAAGUCACUGGGCUUAAGCUGAGCCUCUGAGACCUGUAGGGAACUCUUGGUUGCUAAGGCAACCAUGGACCUGUUGCUAGGAGAUGGCUGGGGAAGUCCCAAAGCUGCCCUGGGCAGAGUGGAGAUGAGUUUGGGGGGGGGAAUGUGGGAAGGGAUGGGAUUUCUGGGCCUCUGAGUGGAUGGGAUAUACAUGUGCUACCCCUUCAUUGGGGGCGUCUCACAUAAUUUUUCACUGAUGACUUACCAGAUGAAAAAUAAAAUUGCUUUUGG